AUGAAUUACUUGAAAAACAAAGGAAAGAAAAGCUAUUACUUCUUAAAGAAAUACCACCUGAAAUCAUUAAAAGUGUAGCUUCAAUGGUGAAUUCAUUGCAUGCAAAUAAGAUGCUUGUUAUUUCUCAUAAAAAAGAAAAAAUACAGGAUAUUACAACAAAUAUCUUGAACUUAAAGCAGAGUGUGGAAAAAUAUGAUGCUUAUCAAGACAUUUAUAAUACCUUGGAUGAAUUAGUUUUAAAGUUUGAUGAUAAUGAUUAUGAUUCAUUAAAUAUAGAAGGUGUGUUUUCAAAGAAAUUGGAAUUGGAAGAAGAUUUGGUGAAAGAUUCCAUAGCUUCCUUAUGUCAUUGGGUAGAAACUUUAGAGUCACAAAAGAAAUGUUCUCAAUGUAUUGUCAAAAAUAAUAUUUGGAAAUUGAGUAUGGAUUGGAAUAAAAAACAGUCCGAGAGAAACUUUCAAAAACUUCAGCAAUUGGAGAUCGACCUGACAUCAUGUUUACAUUUAAAAUUAGUGAAAAAGCCCUAG